CUAACAUAUUGAGAAUCUGUUUUUCUAUUCUCGUGUUGGUUUAUCCUUCUUGUUGAUUUAUUUUCUUUUCUCUUUGUUUUCUGUUGGAUUUUUUAUUCUUCUCAAUUUCUAUUGAUAUUGUUGAUUAUGUCACUAUUCUAAUUGUUGUUCUAAAAGAAACAAAUAACAGAAAGAAAUCAUUUUCUCUGUUUUGGAAACAGUUCUGUUUUCUUUGGGUGUGUUUGGUGGAGUAUGAAUUUUCCUACUUCUCUGCAACAUCAUAACCUUUACCCUAAUCAAUGGAUUAAAAAUUCUUGGGUUCCCUUUGGAUGGAAGAUUAUCUUUACCAUUUUGUUAACAUUCUAUUUAAUUUCAUCAACUGUCAACUCUCAGAAUGUUGAUUACCUUUAUCACAAUCGAGUUUAUCGACAGAAUAUCUUAUCAGGCCUGAAGCGUCAAAAUCAGCCUGUGGUGGUUGAUCCUUCAGUUGAUGAUUAUACGGUGGACAAUUAUGAGAAAACACGGUUUAAAUUUAGAUCUUCUGACAAUAAUAUUGGAGCAGGAGAUUAUCGUAUCUCUAACCAGGGUGUUAAAGGUAAUGGUGAUUAUACCUUUGGAUUAGAUGAUUCAUAUUCCACCAGCCCCUUGGAUAGUGUUAACUCUAAUAACAAUGAAAACCUUCAGCGUCUUCACCAAGAACAGCCUCAAGUUGUCAAUCAAAAUGGAGAUUCUGAUGUAUCGAGCUUCUUCAAGUCCACUCCGUUAUCUUCAUCUCAGCUUAAGGCCCCGAGUUUCCAUGUUGAUUCUUCCCAACCGAUGACUAUGUACACACGAACUUCAUCUUUAGCUUCAGCCAGAAUUCAUACCGAUUCCGAAGAUUCAGUUGAAAAUCUAUUCUUUGUUGGAUCGGUUAUUGGUGUUACCUUUGUUGGAAUCUUUUUGGUCGUUGCUACCGGAUAUUUUGUCCAUCGAAUUAACAUUCAAAGGCGAGCAGCAGCGGACGUUGAAUAUCCGGCUUAUGGAGUAGUUGGACCGGGAGCUUCUUUAAAGGAGAAAGAAUCUUUAUCGUCAGUUAAAUCAACAUCGGGAACAUCUAAAGGAGCAUCGGGUAGUGGAACUGUUGGUGGACCAGGAUCAUUAUCUCCCAGUGGUGAUCGUAGGUUAGCUCAAUCAGCACAAAUGUACCAUUAUCAUCAUCAGAAACAACAGAUGAUCUCUUCGGAUAAACUGGCCACCGAGGCCGGUGGUCAACAUCCGUCAACAUCUGAGGUUGACUCUGAGGAGGAGGAAAAUGAAGAAGGUGAUUACACCGUCUAUGAGUGUCCUGGCUUAGCUUCAACCGGAGAGUUGGAGGUAAAAAACCCGCUCUUUCAAGAUGAUAUAACUCCAAUAUCUUCACCAUCCGUAGGUAAUUCAAAGCAAGCUGGUAAUUAAAUUAUGACAAUCAGAAUGGCAAAGAUUGUAAACUCGUUCAAUCAACUUUAAUUAUCAACAGCAAAGAAAACAAUCAUUCCAAAUAAUUAAAAUCGAAUCAGAAAUUCAAUCAAAUCUAACCAACUCUUCAAAACGAAAUCAAUUCCAGUUAAUCUUCCUCGUCUCUCUCUCUCUCUCUCUAUCACUCACUAUCUCUCUAAUUGAAUAAUCAAAACAAACUAAUUGGUAAUGUUAAAACAAAUCGUUGUUAUUUCUUCAAGUUUAAUUAUGUUCCCUCUUCGGAUAAUAUGGAUCACAGUUAAUCAUAAUGCACAACAAUCAAAGCGGAAAAAUGGGCUAACAAAUGUCGAUCAUCAGUAAAUGAGAUAAAUUCAUCAGGAAAGCAUGACUGAUUUAGAAAAAGAAAGACAACAAUUAACUGUUUAAUUGUAUCAUCUUCUUUUUUUCUUGUUAAUCAGUUAUUACAUUUACUGUAAUCAAAGAUGUACAAUCAACAAUCAGUUGUGUAAAACACUAAAAAUUGAAAAUUAAUCAUAAUCAGUAAAUCAACGGACAUGUUUCAUGAUAAAAA